UUUUUAAGAUUAACCUGGUCACAAACAGAAUGAAGAGGAAGAGUCUAGUAGUAGAGGACUGGUCAGGGGCUAAAUCCUCAGCUCUGAAGAAAGAUGGGGUGUUUCAGGUGUUCUCCAAACUCCUGAGGGUACACAGCUACAGGUCCAUUUCCCAAUCUCACCACAGAGCAUGGGAAGAGACUAACACUCCUCACCAAUCUUUCCCCACAGACUGCAGUAUUUCCACAUCCACACAAGCUAACAAAGCCCUUUGGAACCAUGAAGAUUUUUUUCCGCUACCAGACAUUCAGAUUCGUCUGGCUCACAAAGCCCUCUGGCCAGCGCUUUCACAAAAGUCACCAGCCGGGGGCACCACUGACUCUUGCCGACUUUGAAGCCAUAAAUCGCUGCGAGAGAUCAUUGCCUAAGAACUUUAACUUUGCUGGGGAUGUGCUGGACCAGUGGUCCCAAAAAGAGAAGACAGGAGAGAGACCAGCCAACCCAGCCCUGUGGUGGGUGAAUGGCAAAGGGGAUGAGGUGAAAUGGAGCUUUGGAGAACUGGGCUGCUUGUCCCGAAAGGCUGCCAAUGUGCUCACCAAGCCCUGUGGUUUAGAGAGAGGAGACCGAGUGGCCGUGAUUCUUCCCCGAAUCCCAGAGUGGUGGCUCAUAAGCGUGGCGUGUAUGAGAACAGGGCUUGUCUUCAUGCCAGGAACAACCCAGCUGACAGCAAAAGACAUCCUCUAUCGGCUGCGAGCAUCUAAAGCCAAGUGCAUUGUGGCCAGUGACGAGGUGAUCCCAGCAGUGGAAUCCAUUGUGUCAGAGUGUCCAGACUUGAAGACCAAACUCCUGGUAUCUCCACACAGCCAGAAUGGGUGGCUCAGCUUCCCAGAGUUAUUUCAAACUGCCUCUGCAGACCACAACUGUGUGGAGACAGGAAGUCAAGAACCAAUGGCCAUUUAUUUCACCAGUGGGACCACAGGCUCUCCCAAGAUGGCCCAGCACUCUCAGAGCAGCCUGGGAAUUGGGUAUACCCUCUGUGGAAGGUAUUGGCUAGACCUGAAGUCCACAGAUAUCAUAUGGAACAUGUCUGACACUGGCUGGAUCAAGGCUGCCAUUGGUAGUAUGUUUUCCUCCUGGCUUCAUGGAGCCUGUGUCUUUGUGCAUCGGAUGGCCCAGUUUGACACCGACACUUUCCUGGAUACGCUUACCACUUAUCCCAUCACGACCCUCUGCAGUGCUCCCACCGUGUACCGGAUGCUUGUGCAAAAAGACCUUAAGAGAUAUAAAUUCAAGAAGCUGCAGCAUUGCUUGACAGGAGGGGAGCCACUCAAUCCAGAGGUGCUGGAACAGUGGAAAAUGCAAACUGGAUUGGAGCUGUAUGAGGGCUAUGGACAGACAGAAGUGGGAAUAAUUUGUGCCAAUCAGAAAGGACAAGAAAUUAAACCAGGCUCAAUGGGGAAAGGAGUACUACCCUACGAUGUCCAGAUUAUAGAUGAAAAUGGCAACAUCCUACCACCUGGAAAAGAAGGGGAAAUCGCCCUCAGGCUAACAUCUACACGACCCUUCUGUUUCUUCUCUGAAUAUGUGGACAAUCCAGAGAAAACUGCUGCCACCAUAAGAGGAAAUUUUUACGUCACUGGAGACAGAGGAAUGAUGGACAAUGAUGGUUAUUUCUGGUUUGUUGGCAGAGCUGAUGAUGUCAUCAUAUCCUCUGGGUACCGUAUUGGGCCAUUUGAAGUGGAGAGUGCACUAAUUGAGCACCCAGCGGUUGUUGAAUCAGCUGUCGUCAGCAGUCCCGAUCCAGUCAGAGGAGAGGUAGUGAAAGCUUUUGUUGUUUUAUCUGCACCCUUUAAAUCAUCCAAUCCAGAGAAAUUAACUCUUGAACUUCAGGAUCAUGUAAAAAAAUCAACUGCCCCUUACAAGUAUCCAAGAAAGGUGGAAUUCGUUAAAGAACUCCCAAAGACAAUCACUGGGAAAAUCAAACGCAACGUUUUAAGAGACCAUGAAUGGGGUCGAACCUAGCCUGACGAGAACACAGUGGCAUUAAGCAGUUAACAGGGCUGCUUUCUUUUAGUCCUUGCUUCCCAAUAAUUCAGUGACUACCCUCUUAAAAUGCUUACGAUCUUUCCUGGAUGAAAAACUCCACUGAGUUUUUGUUUUGCACUUUGCCAAAAAAUAAGUAAGUAAAAAUCUAAAAAUAUUUGGGAAGAAAAUGAUGAUGACCAAACAACAAAGGCAAUGAUAAAUGGCUUGUAGUGUUUAAAAUAGCAGGAGUCAAAUGAUUAAUUAGAAAAACAUAAUGGACAAUGAAUUUAUCUUGUGCCUGAUUAAUUCAAAAUAAAGAU